AUGGAAUCGACCGGUUUUUACCGGCUGAACUCCAAAAUUGAAUCGGCCGGUUUAUUACCGCUUCAACUACACAUUAAACCGGCCGGUAAACGGGCCGUCAUUUGCCAAGUAAACAAUGGUCCUUGUGAUACGCAUGCAACUUGCUCCUAUUCAUCAACCACCCAUAGUGUUACAUGUACAUGUACAGCAGGAUUUACGGGAAAUGGUUUAAAUGGAAAUUGUAAAGUGAACUAUAUAUUUGGCAAGCAACCAGCCAUUAACAUUUCUCUUACUCCACCCCAUGCUUUUGUGGAUGCCGUGCCGGUAAAUGUCAGUGGCAUUGUUACAGCUGUUGCAUUUUAUACUACUAAUAGUUGUAAUGACAGUAAUAUUCAAUUUGGAUCAUUUGAUUUCACCAGCAAUACUUCUACAAUAGUAAAUUUAAAACUAUCUAAACAAAGUGGACCAUUAUCCGUUAAUCUCCAAUCAUCUGGUUAUACAACUCCAACAUUAUACAACAUCACUUUGUGCAAUGAUCCUGUUCAAAAUAACCCUCCAGGUUGUCAAGGCGUCGCAUUUCCCAUAACAACUGGACAGUAUUUUGGCUCAUAUGCCACACAAUGUCAAAUGGGUUAUACAGCGAUGGGAACAUAUCCUGGCACAUACUAUGAGCUAACAGAUAAUCCAUUCAAUACAUCGGCACAAUAUGCAUAUACGAUUGCUAAUGCCAACACAUUAUUACAAUAUAUAACUGUUAAUUCAGGCUGUCUUUAUGCAUAA